GCGGGGCCAGGCGGGAGCGACCUGAGGAGGCGACAAGAUGGCGGCGGAGACCGUGGAGCUCCACAAGCUGAAGCUUGCUGAACUGAAACAAGAAUGUCUCGCCCGUGGCCUGGAGGUGAAAGGAAACAAACAGGAUCUCAUAAACAGACUCCAGGCCUACCUUGAUGAACACGCUGAAGAAGAAGCAAAUGAAGAAGAUGUUUUGGGAGAAGAAACAGAGGAAGAAGAACAGAAACCGGUAGAGCCUCCUGCUAAAGAGGAAGAACCUCCUGAAAAAUCAGCUGAUGUGGGUGCAGAAAAGAAAGUGGUGAAAAUAACAUCAGAAAUACCACAGAUGGAGAGAAUGCAGAAACGGGCUGAGAGAUUCAAUGUCCCCGUGAGUGUGGAGAGUAAGAAGGCAGCGCGAGCAGCUCGGUUUGGUAUGUCCACAGCUUCAACUAAAGGUCUGUCUGCAGACAGCAAGCCUACGGUAAACAUGGAUAAAUUAAAGGAAAGGGCUCAAAGAUUUGGUUUGAAUGUCUCUUCAGUCUCCAAGAAGAGCGAAGAUGAUGAGAAGCUGAAGAAGAGGAAGGAGCGAUUUGGCAUUGUAACAAGUUCGGCUGGGGCUGGAGCCACAGAGGACACAGAGGCAAAGAAGAGGAAAAGAGCAGAACGCUUUGGGAUUGUCUGAUGUCUGUCCAUUUUAGGCUUUACCUGUUGGGCGGGGAGCACGCUCACGUGUGUGCGCGCUCUCUCUCUUUCUCUCUCUCUCUCUCCCCCCUUCCCUUCCCCCGCCACACACACAGUAGCACUAGUAAGGAGUGUAGGCUCUCUUCUGCAAUAGAGAAUCCCUGAUAGCUGUACAGUUGUGCUGCUUAUUUUUUCAAUUGUGAAGUUUAAAAAAAAAUAUAUAUAUAUACAGAGUAAAGAGCAAAAAUGUUCUUGUAUCUGUGGUGGGUGAAAUCCCAUUGCCCAGUUCGCCAUUCCCCUGCCACUUGUGUAGUUAUUUACAGCAGUGCAAAGCAGGUGUGUAAUGCCACCACAUCCAAAUUGGAAGUGUUUUACACCCACUGUGCACUGGUGUAAAUGCCCACCCAAGCUGCAGGUUUGAACCUAGGUAGUGAGGAAGGAGAACUGGAGUGGCCAUUAUCAUCAGAUGUAGGAUGAGGAAAGGAUAGUGCCAUUCAGGGAUGAAGUUGGAGGAAGGUUUGCUCUCCCUGCUAUGUCUUAGGGAGUUGCACCCUUGGGUUGAGAGACAGGUUAUGCCACUUAAAGCAGGAACUUCCUGGAGCUGCCCUUUUAUUUAAAUGUUGCUGAUCUUUAUUGUCUCCAUUUCUCUGGGCUGCCCUGGGCAAAGAAACCCUCCUCUCCCUCCUUCAGCCCCAGGAAAUCACUCUUUAAGUUCAGCAGUAUCAGGGCAUGCACACCAAUAGCCUGGCUAAAAACAUUCUUCAGCUCAAGUGCACCUUGCAUCCCUACGUAGGUUCUGCUGUCGAUCAUCAGCUGCUUCUUGGGUUGCCCCACCCAGCUUGUGACAUCGUGUUUGCUGCCUCGCUGGCCAGGGCAGGGCCUUCCUAAUAUAUUGCACGGGAUUGCCAAAAAACAUAGUCGUCAUUCUUGUAUCAGAUAGGCUUUAAACUUCAUGAACCACCCGUAUGUGAAAGGGUCUUUCUCCGCUACCUCUGCUCCCGGGGGUGGUCUCGUGGGGAAUGGGUUGGAGCAGCAGCUGGUGAUUGGCAGAAGAUCAAGGCCAAAGCCUUGGAAUAAGGAGAGAGGAAUCCCAGAACAUUUACAAAUUAAACCCACUUCACCGGCCUCUAAGGGCUGUUCUGGGGCUUGUGGCAUUUAGUACAAAUGUUCAGAUCUCCUGGAAGGUUAGUGAGAUUUCUCUUGCCUUUCAAAAAAAUUCCGUUGCUCAGUUUUUAUUCCCAGGUUGAAUUUUGUGUUGUCCUCAUCUAACAUCCAGACUAGCUCAGUCAGACUUGUUAAUACCUCACCCAGUCUUAAACCAGCCUUCCUGCCUCACCUCUUGCAAAGGGGGACAGCACCAACCUUGUCCUGGGAAUACGUGGUUUGAAAAGGUGUUGCAGUGAACCUGUUCUGCAUCGGGACUGAAGCGAAUUUCCCUCCUGUCACGUUAACUUCUCCAUUUUCCCUGCAACAUCAUGCUUAGUACAGGAGCAAAACACAGCCUGGCUGCAAAUGUUAUGCACCUUUUGUCUGGUUAGCUUAUCAAACGGCACCUUCUGUUUUUAGGAAGCUGUAGGAAUCAGUUCUCCAUGUUAAGUUGUGUAGAUGGAGCAAGAGUGUUAGCUAAUACCAGAGAGCUGUUGUCCCAUGCUUUGCUCUAGGCCUCUGAGGCCAAUAGCUGUUGUUAGCAGUGAUUCAGUAGAGAGGGAAGACGUAUGGUGCCUUUCCUCGUCUCCUUAAUAGGUUUUUACACACAGGUAUUCCUUGUGCGUCUAACAUCUUAUGUAACUUUUUUACCCUUAAACUUAUAUCAAGGUCCCCAGAAAAAUAGAACAGCUGGGCAGAUUUCCCCUUGAUUGAUCUUUGCUUUUAAAUGUCCAUUUUGGUUGAAAUGUGCCUGUGCUUCAGAGAUUUGCAUCCAGGGAUUCUUGCUUCUGACCAUACCCUCUAUUGGAAAGAUGUGUUUGCACUGGUCACACGCAGUGGAGAACAGCAGCUGCAUGUGUACAGUAGGCUGGGCAAAGGGGCCAGCCUGACUCUUGAAAAGCAAUAUAUUUUUCUGUAAAUGUAGAGGUCUUCAAAUGGCUUGUGCUCGGCACCACCGAUGCACGCAGGCUGAUGUCUCAGCUGUAUGCCCCAGGUGAUUCUAAGCAAUAUCGGAGGUUGGUUUGCUUGCCCAGCAACUAUAGGAUUCAGGUUGCAUUGUGUGUGGCUUGGGGUGUCAAUGGUAGAUUGAACUGAAGCCCCCGUCUCCUUCCAGACUUAAUGGAAUAACCUUAUUCUGUUUUUGGGUUUUUUUGUAUGUCGGAUUUUGUAAUAUGUAUUUUCUAUUCCGCUCAUGGCUUUUUGCUGGUUAUUUGCUUGAAAUGUUUUGAAAUGUGCCAGGACAAACACUGCAUUUCACUCUUGGUUUCAUAAUAAAACUGCUUCUUCAAGGCAA